UUGAUCCUACCUCUCCUCCAACCGGCUCCCCGACCCUUUCUCAGAGAAGCUCACCCCCCCAUUGCUUUCAGUAUAGAUAACUCUCAUCGUGAAUGUUCUAUAAUCACAGCAUGCCAUGAACGGCACUCCCCGACUUCGGUCUGCUUUCCCGCAGACACCACAAACUCCCCCGAAAAUAAGAGAGCUCGGUUUUCCUACAUCAAAGACCAAAUCUCGCGAUGCGGGAACACACAAACCGCCCCUUAGGACGUCUGCAGCCCCUCGCGAUGCGAACUUGCCCCUCAUACCGGUUGAAGUGAUAGACGCCCCCUCACAGCGACUUUAUAUGGCCGCUUUCUAUGUUGCGUUGAAUGCUUUGCGGGUAUACGAAUCUUGGACGGCGUCUGAUGAUCUAGACUCGACCUGGCUAUUCCUGAAAUGGGCGGCCGUGGAUGGUGUUUUUCUCUUCGGUCUUCAGGCGUUGCGAAUUCCGUGGCUAGAAUGGGCCUUUCCCACGACACUCGCCAUUUUCCUUAUCCAUGUCGUGGGCAACAUGUUUCUCAUGUUCAGGAUUCCCGUUCCGGUUGGGGUAUGGAUCUCAGGAAUGGUUAAAUUGGCAUAUGAUAGAGAAUUGUCUAUCUCCGAGCGGAGUGUAAAGCCAGGAGAUAUCAUUCACAAUGCAUCUCUCAUCUUAGGCAAACAGAUCGUUCAUAUAUUACCCGAAGGGUCGGCCAUUUUGAACCCAGAUCACGUACCUCUCUGCAUAGACUCACAGAAUAGUGCUCUCAACCUACCCAUCCGGGUCAAUCAGACAGAUCCCAUUUUGAUUGAGCUGUUACGCCUGGACUUUGACUCGGGCGACAAUGAAACGAUCUCGCUAUCAUCCAAGCAGCUGAAACAGCUUAAGCGGCAGGCCGAUAAGAAGCUUCAAAGUCCCAGAGCAAGUCUUCAUCGUGACCUUCUCUUCCCCAUUCGACGACCGGGAAUAUAUCGUCUGCAGAGGGUAGUAGACGAGUCCAACCUGGACGUCCAUGUACGGUCGUCUGACGCUCUCGUCGUCUCUUGCCCUCGUGCCUUGAUUAAAAAUUCUCACGCCCAUAAGUGCCGGGGGGAGCUAUCGAACUUAAUACUAGCGGUCGAAGGCACGCCACCUUUGAAGAUCAAAUAUAGCCGACAGGUCAACCAUCUUGACCGAGGCUUUUCUUUCCAAAAUAUUCAACCGGAUAAUCUGCGUUCGCCGUUGCUGGGGCAGAGAAACUCGGGCAUUCUAUUCAACACCAAAGAGCCCGAGGUCCUCUGGGCUCAAAGCCAAGUAAUUGAAGUUCCUCUAAACGAAUCUUUGAAUACCGGCGGAGAAUGGUUGUAUAUCAUUGAAGAAGUUCAUGACGGCACCGGAAACGUUGCAAAUUAUUCAGCGCUCCUGGAUGGAUUUGAUCGAUCAUCAACAAAGUCGUUAUCUCAGUGGCAUCGAUUUUCUGUACACGAAAGACCUCGAAUGUCUCUGUCUGGCUGCAAUGACCAGAGCUUUCUGGAAGUCGCACGUGGCGACAGCAUUGACCUACCAAUAAAUUACCACCCAUCCGGGCAAGGGUAUGCUAAUGACGGGCCGUUUUCCCUGGUGUACUCUUUCAGUGGCAACGAGCAAGCAGUCAUAAGUGAGCUGCCCAACAAAGUGCGACAGCUGUCCCUCAAGGACCUUGAUCAGAAACCCCAAAUAAGAGAUCCGGGAUGGUACAGCCUUAAUUCGAUAUCUAGCCAAUUCUGUUCUGGGGAAGUCCUGGAACCAUCAUCUUGUUAUCUGCGCAAUCCCCCAGAACCAGAGCUUGCUAUCAGAUACGAGAAAGUUUUCGACAAAUGUGCGAAUAAUCCCGUUGGUUUACUCGUCGAUCUGGACCUUACUGGAUCGCCACCCUUUCGAGUCCGAUAUGUUAUUGAACAUUCGAAAGGUGUCGAAACCAGAUCCCAAACCAUCGAUGGGCUACGUGCUCAGCUAGACUUAACGCCAUCAGAGGCAGGCUCUUACCGUUAUCGAUUCCUGGAUAUUGCGGAUACCGUAUAUGGCCCACGAUCCCUCAAAGACAAAGCACCUAUUCUCGAACAGGACGUGAGACCCCCCGCCUCCGCUCAUUUCCUUGGGUCCAAAGAUGUACGCAAGGCUUGUUUUGGUGAGCCCGUCUCCCUGGAUGUAGCAUUUCUAGGCGAAUCGCCGUGGACUCUACAAUACGAACUUGUCCAUAAUGGCAAGAAGGCAAAGUAUACACUACAGUCCGACAGCGAAAUAUCUACUAUUGUGACUGAGAAGCUCGUUGGUGGUGGCGAGUAUACCAUUGUACUCACCAGUGUUAAAGACCGCUCGAAUUGCAAGCGAACUCUCAAAGAUAGUAUCAAAAUCGAUGCUCGCUCAAAACCUCCCCACGUGUCCUUUGGCCAAAUCGAGAAGAGCAGGAAAUAUUCCGCUUUGCGGGACUCUCGAGUUGAUGUUCCACUUAGGCUCAGCGGAGAGCGGCCAUGGAACGUGAGAUAUCGUACAGACGCCAGUUCGACUGUCAUUGAGAAGUCAUUUUGGGAUGAAAAUAGCGUCUUGACUGUGUCUCGGGAAGGGCGUUACGAACUAGUUGGGGUUGCCGAUAGCUCUUGCCCUGGUUCUGUGGAUCAAAUGGCCAGUGCUUUCGAAGUAUCCUGGAUACCUCGUCCUCGAAUCGCUGCCGUGGAUGAUUCUCCUAUCGGCAUAGAUGGUCAAAUAGUGAAACGUGAUAUUUGCCAAGGCGAAGAUGAUAGCCUUGAGCUCCGGAUGACAGGAAAUCCUCCAUUUGACAUUCAGUAUGAGCAACAACGGAAAUCACCUCGUGGUUCACCUUCUGUCAGGCUACAAAGUCUGAAGACAGCUCUUCAUGCUACUUCCAUGGAAAUGGACACCUCCGAAGCCGGCCUCUACACAUACAAAUUCACAGAAGUCGGGGAUAAUUUAUACGACCACGAUCCCAGAAGCCAGCCAGUGAUCGUAACGCAAAGAGUGAACCCCCUUCCCUCUGCUCGUUUCGAUGCCCCUGGCCGCAUCUACGGUUUCUGUAAAGAAGAUACCAGCGGUGAGGAGUUGAUUCCAAUUACAUUAGAGGGAGUUCCGCCCUUCUCGCUCGAAGUCUCCAUCAAACACCACUCAAAGGCGAAACCUGAAAUUGUGACCAUCUCUAAUAUUAAGUCCAAUCGACAUAAUCUUCCUAUACCGCGACGACAUCUUGACUUAGGACAGCACGUUGUCAGCAUUCGCAAGGUGAGAGACGCGCGGGGGUGCCAACACAAAGCCGAAUACGAUGAGUCGUCAGUGAGAGUCGCGGUCUCCGACGUACCUACAAUAGUUCCUCUGGGGUCCAAAACGGACUAUUGUGUUGGCGAACGGCUCUCUUUCUUGUUGUCAGGACAUGCCCCAUUUGACGUAUUCUACACAUUCGACGGGGCAUCUAGAAAAGCUACUUCGCGUACCACAAACUUCCGCCGUAUUGCCGAGAGACCAGGUGUUUUCACCAUUUCUGGUGUAAGUGAUGGUGCAAGCGGAAAAUGCAAGGCACACAAGAAUAUAACAAAGACAAUACACGAAAUGCCAAGCGUGAGAAUCAGCAAAGGCCAGGUCUCCGUCGUUGACAUACAUGAAGGAGGCGAGGCAGAACUCCAGUUUGAAUUCUGGGGCACACCACCGUUUGAGUUCACGUACAUUCGGAGCUCAAAUGCUCGAAAAGGGAGGAAGCCUGGCAUACUUGACAUCAAACAUGAUAUCUCUUACGAGCACACCAAAACCAUCAAAACUUCGGACGAAGGCACCUACGAAGUUGUGGCGAUCAAAGAUAAAUUCUGUUCGUUCUCUUCUCAGACACCCAUCGAAAAGUCCGAGAAGGCAAUGGCAGGCACGUGAGAGGAGAAGACUAAUUCAUGUAUGAGCGAACAUCAUCUUAGCAUUUUUACGUGUUUUAUUUUUCUUUUUUCUUUUUUUUUUUUGCAUUUGUGUUUGAUUAAUUCAAUGAUUCUCUUUCUAACAAGAUCUUGGGGUUGGCCUUCAUAGUCGCAUUGCAACGGCGCUCCUAGGACUUGAUCGGGUACUUGAGAAAUAAAUGAGAAGACGUUUUUUUGCUGUUGACA